GAGUGAGAGAGACCCAGAAAAGCCUCGAGCUUUCAUAUUUUCAUCAUCAAUCUCACACACCACACAACCCUUUAGAUCCAUAAAUCUUGUAAGACCCAUCAACCCAUCCAAAUCCUCUAAUCCAAAAUUCCCACUUUUUACAGGUUUUAUCAAUUCCUUUUUAUUUAUUUAAUAAUUAUUGGGUUUUCUUUUAUUUGUUGGCUUUCAGGUUGCUAGAGACCAGUCCAAUGCCUGUAUUCAAAGGUGAAAAUCCAAGCCCCAAAGAGGGAGUGAAGGCGGUUGGAUGUGAUGAGAAAGCUACGAGUUCAGAUCCUGCUGAUAUAUCUCAACAACUUGAAAAUUUGAAGGUUGAAGAUGCUUCUUCUAGUUCUACAGGGUGCAGGGAAUUUUCUUCUGACAGAGAGAUUGGGGCUAAUGAAAAGACUGCUUCAACAAAUGAAGGUUCUUGUAAUAAGCUACCAGCAAGAUCUCAGUUACAUGAGAUAUGUGUUGCAAAAAAAUGGAAGCUCCCUUUGUAUGAGUGCUGCAAAGAGGAAGGACCACCCCACAUGAGAAUGUUCACCUACAAGGUUAUUGUUGAGAUAGAAGAAACCGAAAAGACAGUUUUGGAAUGCUUUGGCGCUCCUCAUUCGAAAAAGAAAUCAGCAGCAGAGCACGCGGCUGAAGCAGCGUUAUGGUACUUGAAGAAUAUUGGUUAUGACUCGAAGGAUCGGUGAAAUGAAUUAUCGUGAAGCACCAUUGAGAUCAGUCAGUUACUGAUUUUUUUACUUUUUACUUUUGGCUUAGUCCCUAGCCAAACAAUUUAGAGGCUAUGGAUCCACAUUUAGUAGACUUAUAGUGGUAGAUUUAC